AGGUAAAUAUAGGGGCAAAUAGAAAGAUAUAAGAAAAGCCUUAUCUCUAGAGUUUCUCUUCAUUAUCCUCAAAAUCGCUCUCGAGAGUGAAGUCUUUCUCUUCUCUUCUUCUUCCGCCAUAGCCAUAAUGCUUAGUCUCUCAAUUGCUACGCCGGGGACGGCGGCGAUUUUCCGUCGAGGAACAGAUUCCGCGACUUCAACUUCGUCUUCUUUCCAUGGUGUCAGAAUCCAGCCACAGGUUUCAGCUCGCGUCCCCGCGGCGGCGACGAUUUCGUCGUCUCGUAAACCAUCGGUGGUGAUGAUGUCGAAAAGAGAGGCGGAAUUGAAAGAGAUAAGAUCGAAGACGACGGAGCAGUUACAAGAGGAGGUUGUUGACCUUAAAGGAGAGCUCUUUAUGCUUCGUCUCCAGAAAUCGGCAAGGAAUGAGUUCAAAUCUAGCGACUUUCGUCGUAUGAAGAAACAAGUUGCUCGGAUGUUGACGGUUAAAAGAGAGAGGGAGAUCAAAGAAGGGAUAAAGAAAAGGUUGUCGAGGAAACUUGACCGACAAUGGAAGAAAAGCAUUGUACCGAGACCACCUCCUUCUCUAAAGAAGCUUCAAGAAGAAGAAGCUGCAGAAGAAGCAGCUGAAGCUGCGAAAUCUGCUUGAAAAAACGGCCAUUGAUCUUGUUGUUUCCUCGAGAUGUUUUAUUCUCUGUUCUUUUGUUGCUGAACCAUCCUGUAUUUGUUCUUCUUUUGGUGUAAACACUUUCCUUAUUAAGUAGUUUACAUGAAUCCCUUAAAGAUUAAUAUCCUUUUGCUUAA